UCUAUUGUUUACUUCGCAUUUCUCUGGAGGAAUUAUCAUUGCCUGUUCUGCCGUUGUACACUUCUACAAAACUAAACUAUGUUUUGUAUAGGCUCUCAAACAACUACAACCAUCUCUGACCAGUAUUAGUAAUUUAGUUGCAGAGAAAAUGCGUUACCCCCAUCCGUGUGUAAGAAAAUUCAGUAUAAUUUCAGCUCGUCCCUGAUACCCUAAUAUGAGAAUAUGUAGAUGGAGAUUGUGACUGCCCAGCUCGAACAAUUAGUUGCCUACAAAUAUGACCUCUGUUGUUGGAAGCAGAAGUAAAAAAGGUUUUUCCAAAGUUUUUUUUAGAGGUAUUCAAUAGCUGCGCAGGAUUACCUCCUAACACAGAUGGAAUAGUUCUGGCCGUAAAUCAGAAGACCCCCUCCUCUUCCUUCUACACUUUAACUCGGCAUCACCCAAUCAGGGGCAAGCAUCCUUGGAUAUCCUGGCUAAGGAAAUGCGGUAAGAAGAGCAACAGUAAACAAGUGAAAGGUUGAGGAUUGAGAAUAGAGGGAGAGGUAGAGGACGGAAAAAUAGAGGGAGAGAGAGGCUGAAGAUGCUGUGGCUUCUACGUGGAGUGAGGCUGCGCUACUGGCUCACCCUGGCCACAGGACUGGUGGAGUGCCUGUGUUUUGCUGGAGUCUUUUAUGGGUGGGCCUCCCUGGUUUUUAUCCUGAAAGCCAGUGGGUACUUCAGUGACCAGUGUGUGAAUGCCACAGGACUCAAUGGCACACAGUAUAUGGACUGUAGCAAACAGGAUGAGAAUUUCUCCUUGGUUUUCACUAUUGCCUCCAUCUUCCACAUCUUCAUCGCUAUUUUUGGUGGAUUCUUCUUUGACCACUUCGGUACCCUGGCAACCAGACUGCUGUCAAUAGCUCUGUACACCACUGGUACCAUGUUGAUUGCUUUUUCACAUCCAGACAUAUCCAAUAUACUCUUUCCAGGCCUGUCCUUCAUCGCAACUGGAGGCAUAAUGUUACUCAUGGCAAACAUGCAGGUGGGGAACCUCUUUGACACCCAUCGUUCCACCAUCAUCACCUUGUAUACCGGAGCCUACGGCUCCUCCGCCAUCACCUUCCUCAUCAUCAAGGUGGCAUUUGAAAAAGGGAUCUCUCUGCAACACGCUUUUUUCUUCUUGUCGGCAUGCAGCAUAAUCCACCUCAUGAGAACCUUCAUCCUCAUGCCAAAGAUGCACAUCCCCUACCCCCUCCCUGAGGGCUACACUUAUGGGAUGAGCUGUGAACAGACCAAAUGCAACACCCAUUGCUUCACAGAAAAAGCACAGAGAGACAACACAGAGCUUGUGCAGGGAGAGGAAGGGAUAGAGAACGCAACAUCUGAACAAGAGAGCCCCCCGCAGACCUCACAGACAGACAGUUUUAAGCAGUGUGUCCUCAGCUGGUUGUUCCUGUCGAACCUGGUGUGGCUGUCAGUCAUUGUGCUGCGGUUCAUCCUUUUCAUUGGCACCCUGAACCCCAUGCUGACCCUGCUGGCUGAUGGAGACAUAGCCCAAGUGAGCCACUACACCAACAUCUUCGCCUACAUACAGUUAUGUGGGAUACUGUGUGCCCCCUUGAAUGGCCUUAUCAUUGACAGAUUCAAGGGAAAGCAAUGGGCCCCAGGAGAGACGGAGGAGGAGGGUAACCUGCGCUCUCUGGUGCUCUCCCUCUUCCUCACUGCCCUGCAGUGCCUCUUAUUCUCCAUCUGCGCCACCAUACCUGUGCUCCCGCUGCAGUACCUGACUUUCGUCCUGCAAGUGUUCACCAGUAGCUUUGCACUCGGAGGAAAUUCAGCCUUCCUCAGCAUUGUUUUUCCCGUCUGUCACUUUGGUAAGCUGGUCGGUGUGGUUAAUGCUACAGUGACUGUGGUGUUGCUCCUGCAAUUCCCCUGCAUCAUCCUGGUGAAUGAGGUGUUGGAUGGAGACCCCUUAUAUAUAAACAUAGCCCUGUGCAUCCUGUGCCUGGCGCCAUUCAUUCACCCGGCCUAUGUCUAUAGCCGCUGGCGCACAUUGGCCAAUCAGAGAAGACGCUCCGCCCAGCCACCUCCCCCUCAUGAAAACGCCUUCUCUGGAGACAAUGAAGACCAACCCCAGGAUGCCCCAGGCUCCUCUUAGACAUCCCCAAAAUAAACACUCACAAUAUCUUCUCUCCUUUUCCCGACCCACUGGUUCAUGACAAUGGUGGCCAUAAUUGUUAAAGAAAGUAUUUUGGUCUUGGUUUUGGCUUCUUGUAUUCCCUGAUUCUCCAAAGUGAAACAUUCAUAAAGUACAGUAUUGUUCACUUUUUCAGCGUUUUGAGUAAUCAUAAUUUUUCUUUGCGGCUUCUUUUAGGAAUAUCAUUUGCACGUUGAAUGGAUUCUGGGGGGUACACUCUAGGGAUGUCACGAUACCAGCACCCCCAAUGCCAGUGAACGUCCACGAUUGUUUCCAAAUUCAGUACCAUGGUUACCAUGGUAUCAGAUCUUUUUUAGACAAAGUCACACUGUCACAACAACUUAAUAUCUAAAGGA